UAUCGCAGAGAUAUUCGACGUGAACGGUUCGGUGGCGACGAUUUGCUGCGACACAACUGAAUUGCUUAGAUACGAAGCGUAGCGAAAAGCGGCGCCGCGUGUGAAGUGAAGUGUACAGUGAAUGAUAGUAACAUUUAGCAAACAUUAGAUAGCUACAGCAGCAACAACAACAGCAGCUAGUAAAUAUAUAUGUAUAAAAUUUAAUCAUAUAUUAAAGCAGAUGAGCAGCGAUAGUGUGACAAUAGUCAAGUGAAGCCUGAGAAAAAUAUAUACAUACGUAUGUGCUUAUAUAAAUAAUAAAAAAUAUCUGCGUUUUCAUGUAAAUUAUGUGAAUGUAUGUAUCUGUGUUAAAACAAAAAAAUAAAUAAAUUGCUAUGCGUAGAAGCAAGUGGAAAUCAAAGAAAUUCCAAAGUACGAUUUUUCAUAAUUUAAUUCACAGCUAAACUAAAGUCUUCUACAUAUAUAUGUACAUACAUAUACGUGUAUGUUUCUGGCGUUUCGUGCGCCUGUAAGUGCGUGUGUGUGUGCACGUGCGCGUACCGCUACCGUAAACAGCGGUGAUCAGCGAUCAGCAGCAGCAGCAUCUGCGAUUCAAAGAAUACAUAAUAAGAAGAAUACACAGAACUUUGCAAAAGAGAGUGAAUUUUGAAUUGAACACAAUAACUUAGUUAAAAUUCAGCUCUAAAAUAAUACUGUCAAAACAAAACAACUCAGUAAAUAAAUAAACAAACAACGCUCAACGGAAAACCAACAUUGAAUUAAUUAAAAGCACACAGUCGACUAAAGAAGCAGCAAAAUUCAACGAAAGUUAUUAUGAAAGUGCAUACAACAGCGAGUCAAUUGCAGUUUUUAAUAUUACAAACUAAAGUAAAAGUCAAAACAAAAACGUUGCGGCAACAAAAACAACAAGCAAAACAGCCACAGCAGCGGUUAAUUAAAGUGUUGAAGCAACAGCGGCAACAACAGCAAAAGCACUUGUUAAAACAAACUCGAAAUUUCGUUUGGACAACUGCAGCAUUAGCACCCAACGAUCAACCACAAAAACAACAACAAUAUCAACGCAACAACGAAGGUGAGCAUUCCUUGCUGCGCACAAAGCAAAUUCCAUUACAAACGCAGCACGGCACAUUGGCUUAUAUAGCGCUGGCCGAUACGCUAUCGUUGUUGCUGUUGCAGCUGUUAGAGUCAACGUGGCUGGUUAACAACGCAGUGCCGGAAAAUAAAUCAAAAUUAAACUCUUUAAGACGGAGGGACUAACAUUCGCAUUGCUGGCGGGCCCCAUGGGCCAGGCUGCAAGUAUGUGCCGAUUUCGUGGAUGUCGCUACAAAAAGAAUAAGACAAAUAAGAAUACAACGGGAACAGCAACAACAACAACGACAACAGCAAAUAGCGCCACAACAGCUGCAACGGCCGCUACAACACCAACAAAUACGGCGAAUAGUUCGCCGGUAUCAGGCCUACAGCUGCGUAGCAUUGAGGAGCCGAGUGCGCAGUGCCACCAAACACAAACACAUCAUUACCAUCACACCGGUCGUAUGCCAGCGGCGGAGCAGGGGGGCACAGGGUGCGUCAGCUUUGAAAACGCCAAUGCGUUAAAUCAGCGUACCGGUGUCCCCCUGCAACUGCAAACUACACAAAAUCAAUAUCAUCAUCACCAACAGCCACAACAAAACCCGCACACCAUGCAACAUACCACACAAAAGGGCUACGAUGCCGAACAGGCGCGCAUGGAGGCGUGGAUGGAUGAGAAUCAAGAAUUUGUACAGGAUUAUUUCAUAAGAAAAGCCACACGUCAGGUAGUUGAUGCUUGGCUCGUUUCACAUGCCACUACAGCUGGCAAUGAUGUCUCGCUGACUGGCUCACCUACACAUACAAAUGGACAGAGUUGCUCAUCACGAGGUGGAUCGGGAGCCACAACGCCGGUGAGAAAAAUAUCAGCACAUGAAUUUGAACGCGGCGGUCUGCUGAAGCCAAUUGUCAACACCAUUGACGGUACACCGACAUUCUUAAGUGUAGGCACACAAAAUGAUUGCUCAACAAACAGCAGCAAUAUGGGCGGCAUUGGCGGUGGGAGUAAUGGCAAUAACAUUGGCGCUAGCAAUGGCAACUAUAAUGCUGCCAAUGGCACGAGUACACUCGGUGCUCAUCACUAUCAUCAUCAUCAUCAUGGGCAGACGGCGCACAGUUUCGGCACAAUGGGCUAUUAUCGGCCGCAACGUUUGUCACGCAACGAAUUGAAGGCGUUGGAUGAGAAAGAGCUCAUUUUUGAACUGGUAAAGGAUAUCUGCAACGAACUGGAAGUGCGUACAUUGUGCCAUAAAAUCCUGCAGAAUGUAUCAAUUUUGCUGAAUGCAGACCGUGGCUCAUUGUUUCUGGUGCAGGGCCGUUGCAAUACCGCAAAUGAUGGACCAAAGAAAUGUCUCGUAUCUAAAUUGUUCGACGUUUGUCCACGCAGCACCGUGGAAGAAAUGGAACAGCAAGAGGAAGUACGCGUUGCUUGGGGUUCGGGCAUUGCUGGUCAUGUGGCCGAGAGCGGUGAACCAGUUAAUAUACCAGAUGCAUAUCAGGAUGAGCGCUUCAAUGGCGAAAUUGACAGCAUAACCGGCUAUCGAACGAAGGCGCUGCUCUGUAUGCCCAUUAAGGAUUCAUCGGGCGAUGUCAUCGGUGUGGCGCAGGUCAUUAAUAAAUUAAAUGGUGAAUGCUUCACUGAGGCCGAUGAGAAGGUGUUUGCCUCUUACCUGCAAUUCUGCGGCAUCGGUUUGCGUAACGCUCAACUUUACGAGAAAUCCCAACUGGAAAUCAAACGCAAUCAGGUCUUGCUCGAUUUGGCGCGUAUGAUCUUCGAGGAGCAGAGCACCAUUGAGCAUAUGGUAUUCCGUAUACUAACACACAUGCAAAGUCUCAUACAGUGUCAGCGUGUGCAGAUCUUGUUGUUGCACGAAGCUUCGAAGGGCAGCUUCUCGCGUGUGUUCGAUUUCGAAGCGAAUGAUCUCAGUGAAGAGGAGAAUACGUCACGUACGAGUCCGCAUGAGUCACGAUUCCCCAUCAAUGUGGGCAUCACCGGCUAUGUGGCCACAACUGGUGAGACUGUGAACAUACCAAAUGCUUACGAAGAUGAUCGCUUCGACGCCAAUGUCGAUAUCGAGGGCAACUUCAAGCACAAGUCCAUAUUAUGUAUGGCAAUCAAAAAUUCACUGGGUCAAAUAAUUGGUGUCAUACAGCUGAUCAACAAAUUUGAUGAUCUGAACUUUACCAAAAACGACGAGAACUUCGUCGAGGCUUUCGCCAUCUUCUGCGGCAUGGGCAUACACAAUACACACAUGUACGAGAAGGCGAUCGUGGCGAUGGCCAAGCAGAGCGUCACAUUGGAGGUGUUGAGCUAUCACGCCUCGGCAACGAUUGAUGAGGCGCAUCGAUUGAGGCGUUUACGUGUGCCAUCGGCUGCGCAUUUUCGCUUGCACGAUUUUCGCUUUGAUGAUAUACACUUUGAAGACGAUGAUACAUUGAAGGCCUGCCUGCGCAUGUUCCUCGAUCUGGACUUUGUCGAGCGUUUUCACAUUGACUACGAGGUGCUUUGCCGUUGGCUGCUGAGUGUCAAGAAGAAUUAUCGCAAUGUUACUUAUCACAAUUGGCGACAUGCCUUCAAUGUGGCACAAAUGAUGUUCGCCAUACUAACGAUUUCCCAUAAUGGACAGGCGACGCAAUGGUGGAAGAUUUUCGGUGAGAUCGAGUGCUUAGCAUUGAUUAUCGGUUGCUUGUGUCACGACUUGGAUCAUCGGGGGACUAAUAACUCCUUCCAGAUUAAAGCCUCCUCGCCAUUGGCUCAACUAUAUUCGACCUCCACCAUGGAACAUCAUCAUUUCGAUCAGUGUUUGAUGAUUUUGAAUAGUCCUGGAAACCAGAUUCUGGCAAAUUUGUCAUCAGAUGAUUACUGUCGCGUUAUACGCGUUUUGGAGGAUGCCAUAUUAUCGACGGAUUUGGCGGUGUAUUUUAGAAAGCGUGGCCCCUUCCUGCAAUCUGUGAAGGAGCAGCCCCUGAGCUAUUGGGAGGCUGACGAACCGCGCGCUUUACUGCGUGCUAUGAGCAUGACUGUCUGUGAUUUGUCGGCUAUUACAAAGCCGUGGGAUAUUGAGAAGCGUGUAGCCGAUUUGGUGAGUUCGGAAUUCUUCGAACAGGGCGAUAUGGAGAAACAGGAAUUGAACAUAAUGCCCAUUGAUAUCAUGAAUCGCGAGAAGGAAGAUGAAUUACCAAUGAUGCAAGUCAACUUUAUUGAAUCCAUUUGCUUGCCAAUUUACGAGGCUUUUGCUGAUCUCUCCGACAAAUUGGAGCCACUGGUCGAGGGUGUACGGGAGAAUCGAGAACAUUGGAUCGAGCUGGCGCAACAAGUACAAAAUAAAGAGAAUGCAGCCAGUAAUACAAAUGGCUGCGCAGACACGACCAAGCAGAAUGGUUGCAUUUCGGAUGGACGCAGCGAUUUGACUGAUGAGAUCGGCACGACGAACACAACGAAUUGUGACAGCAACGCCGACGAUGGCAUAUCAACAGGCGCCGAGUGCGAAAUCGACGAGCAGAGUGAUAGCAAGAAUCCAAAGGAAAUUAACAAUUGCAACAACGAUAACGAUGAUAAUGAUGAAGACGACGCGCACUUGUGCGCCGAAGAGGAGGAAGCCGCCAUCGAAGCGGAUGACGACGACUCGGAUGUGGAGGCGUCGCGUCAUUCCAAUGGCUGUUUCUCCUCCGGCUCGAGUGGUUUGAGUACACCACCGCCCACAGGCGAAGACGACAGCCUACCCACUUCGCCGGCCAAAACGACACAGGCGAAACUUAUCGCGGCAAAUCUGAAUAGUCUUAAUCAGCGUACGCUCAAAUCGACACGCAACUGUUGUCGCAGUUGUGAAUAUGUGCGCUGCAGCGGCAAUAUGCGCAAGGCCUCCUCGCUCAAGGGCGCCAAAGAGUUGCAGCAACAGCUGAAUACACAAAAUGGCGGCAGUUGCGGUUACUACAGUCGCAGUGCACCCUCAGUGAGCAGUUGUGGUGUGACGAGCUCUGCUGCCAGCUUACAAAAACAACAAAAUCACAGUGACAGCCAGCCCAACCAGCUGCAGCAUCACCAUCACCAUCACCAUCAUCGCCAUCACAGUCAUCAGCAUCAUCAUCAUCACCAUCACCACAACAACAACAAACAUGCGGCACAUAGUGGCAAUGGCGCCACUGGCAAUACGUCAAGCGGCGCCGAAAGUGAUCGGAUACCGAAAAUUGUGGGUAAACUGGGCAACAUUGAUAGCUUGCAAUAUCUGGCUAGUGGUGGCAACGGCGCCAGUGAUGCGCUGCUGCACGCAAAUGCCGCCAAGGGCACACCAAACGGCAUCGCGUUCACACCAAAUGGCCAUGUCACCUAUUUUGCCGCCAGCGAUGUGCCCACACUGGUCGUUUCGCCGACGGCGGCGCCCGCAACAACAACAGCAGCGACGACGGCGACAAGCGCUUGUGAUAAAUGAAGUGUUUAAGCGAAGUGCGUGUGAGAGCUUUGUGCGCUCACAUGGCAGUGUUGUAUUUAGUAUAUGUACAUAUGUAUCUGUGUAUGUGCUUGCAAUGGCUUAAAGUGCGUAUGGCUGUAGUGAAGGUGCGGCGCGUGCUGCUAUCUGUGGCUCAAACGCGUGCACUUACGGUACAGCUAAAGCAAAUGCGUAAAUUACAGUUUUGUUUAAAGGUAAUUAUUGAUUGUACAGCACAUAUUUCGCUCUGCGUCUGUGUGUAUUAUGUAACUAUAUUGGGAACUGUUUGAAGUUUGAAGUGGCGGUUAAAGGGAGAGUUUAUGAAAAUUUACAUUUGUUUGGUUUGAUUAUUUGUGACAUCAGGCUAAAUAACAUUAAACACCUCAAAAAACUUGUAACAAGUUUUUAUAUAUUUACAUUAGGGUGUUACAGAAUUUUGCUAAGUUGUUUUUAGUGCGACUUUUUCUCAUUCAGUUGUCUAUAAAUGAUGGUUAUGCUAUCUUUUAUAAAAAAGUUGAUUUCAAAUUUAAUAUAUAUCAUAUUUUAUGGCUCAGAAAAAAUGUUUUGAAGAAAAAAUUUCAGUCAGGUCGGUGUAGAGUCCUAAAAAGAGGUAUAAUUUCGACAAUUUAUUGUUGGUGUAAGAAAGGAGAGAUAGUAUAUUUCUCUUAGGGUCUUUCAAACAUGUAUUUGAGUUUUUUGCAGAAAUAUUUGUUGACUUUUAGAUACAAAAUGGCGACAAUUUUCCGAAUCACCUUUUCCAAGAGAGAAUCUGAGGUCAACGGUAGCUCUAAGGACUCGUGCUAUUUCAAACAUAAUAAAAAGUAGAUCUUAAUCUGAAAGAGAAAAAUAUAGAGAAGUAUGUGUUUUCAGUUUUACGUAAUUUUUUUCGAAAAAUGCUGAACUUGGAAAAAAAAAUUACAUUUUUGAAUAAAAAAAAAUAGCAAAUUGUAAUUUUAGAAAAUAUAUGACAUUUUUACUAAAAAUUGUACUAUGAGGUUUCAGUUAAAAUAUCUGGAUGAAACAUGCAGUAGUCUACAUGUCCCACCUCGCCAUAUUAAAAAAAAACAGUUUCAAACAAAAAGCGCUUAGAGGCUGGAAUGUGCUGAAACUGGCUGACCUGAACUCCGAUAGGAGCUGAUUAAAGAAGGCAAUAAUUCGUUUUUUUACUAUUCUACCAAUUAAAUACUGUUUUAAGUAGUCUUCAGUACACUUUAUAAGUCUAAAUAAAUAUUUAAAUUUUUCGAAAAUCUCAAGUAGUUAUCGAAAAUUCUAUAGAGUCCUAACCUUACUUAAAACCAAAAUUCGAAAUUCAAAUUUAAAAAUUUUUAAUGUGAGCUAAGCAUAAAUUUGCUUAAUUUUUUUUUUUUUUGAAAAAAACUAAAGUUAAUUAUUAACAAAUAAUUCAAAAAAUUUUCAAACAUAAACUAUUUUUAAUUUUUUUUAACAUUAAAAUCUCCAUACAAAGCUAAUCACCCCAAAUCAACACAAGCGAACAAUUUUCAAACCAGAAGCAGCCAAAUUCCCUUUCACUACAGUACCAAAGCACUCACCAUAGUAAGCAAGUUACAUAACAUAACAUAAGCACAAGUAGUGCAGCAAAACAUAUGCAGUUGAAGCGAAAAACCUUAUGAAAGUGCAUACUGAGCAAAAAAAUAAAUAAAAAAUAAUAAUUAUAUAAAAUGUACUAAUUAAAAUUAGCUUAAUUUAAAGUUAUCAUAAACCUAACGAUGAAAUAAUUUUUUCUAUAUAUUUUCUUUUGCUAUAAUAUUUUACUAUGUCUCAAUAGUGAUAUGUAUUUGAGUGUGUAUAAGUUUUUUUAUGUUUGUCUGUAUUUCUUACAACAGUGUGUUUGUAUGUAUAGCUAUUGUAUUAGUUGUGUGUGUAAUUCAGCUAUUGUAUUAGUUGUGUGUGUAAUUCAGCUGUUAAGUCUAUACUGUGCAUAAGAAAUGCUUGAAAAUAUGUAGUAUUUACGCAUACUAGUUCAAUUUGUAGCAUUGUAUUAGUGUUAGUUGAGUUUUGUUUACCAAAAAUUAUAAAUAUACUUGAAGCAAAUAGUUUAAGAGCAAGUUAAUUAAACAACUAAACUUAAGAUGAAAAAAAUUUGAUGAGAAAAAUUAAGAGAAAAUAGUAAGAGCGUGGAAAAAGAAAUAGAAAAAAUCAAAGAAAAUUUGAAAUACAUUCUUUUAUUGCAAAAUAAAAAGCAAAAACAAAAAUAAAAAAUCCUUAACAAAAACAGCACAUAAAUUUCUAAAAACUUAGCAGUUUUUGCAAAACAUUUCUCAUUGCAAAAAUAGUAAAAGAUAAAAGAUAUCUAGUGAUUUAACUUAUAAGCGUUUGUAGCGGUGUUUGUUACAGCUCUAGCUUAUACUCACACCCACACAUACAAGUAGUGUAAAUAUUACUUACUACAAAUUAGACACAUACAUACAUAUAUAUAGUUUAUACAUUAAACAGAAAUCCUAUAUUUUCACAAGUUCGAAUUUAAUUACAUUAAUAAACCGUUAUAAACGUAGCAGUUUACGUUUCAAAUACAAAUAUAAUUAAUUUAAAAUAAAUAAAGUAUUUAGUUUUAAGUGUGAAAAACUAAAACAAAAAUUCAUACAUAUGCAUAUGUGUAUGUGUGGCUGUAACUAAGUAUAUAUGUAUGUAGUUUUCAGCCAAAUGUUGGUUAGCAUAAACGUAUUCAAUACAAGGCGCAGGAAAAAAACUAAAAUUAUUGUAAACAUAUAUAGUUGUACAACAACUGCUAUUCCCAAGUCCCUCCCAAGCUAGCGUUUUUGGCAGAAGCAGAGGCGCUUGAGAUUGCUACAAAGUGAAUUGAUUAAUUUUAUAACGGCAAAUGUUGCAUUAAAAGCGUAGAAUGAAGCAGCAAAGUAAUGAACAGGAAUUGUUAAGUAAAAAAAAUUUUAAAAAUUAAUAUAAAAAGUAAUGAAAUUUUAGAAGAUAAAACUACGCGCUGAAAUAUAAAGUAAAAAAAAGUAAGAAAAAGUUUAAUUUAUUUAAUUAAAUUUAAAAAUGAAUUCUAAAAAUUUUUGAAAUUUUUUUAAAAAUUGCAGACAUUGAAAAUUUAGUGCAUACAAAAAUAAAAAAUUUUAAAAUUUCAAUAAUGCAAAAAUUUAAAAUUUUUAAUAUGCAAAAAAAGUUCACAUUUUUAUUUAAUAAAAUCCAAAAUUUUUAUUUUAAAAAACCUAAUUUUUUUUAUAAAAAAAAUUAAUUUUUGUUAAUUUAUUAAUUAUUUUUUAUAAAAAAAUAAAAUUUCUUUAAAAAAAUUAAAUUUUUUAAUAAAAAACAAAUUUUGUUAAAAAUAUUGUAUUAAAUAAAUUUUAUUAAACAUUUUUUAUUUAAGUUAUAAAAAAAAUUUAAUUUUUAUUUUAAAAAGUGUUCAAUAUGAAAUAACAAUUUCCUUUGCAAUAAAAUAAAACAAAAUCAGUAUACUGCGCAUCAAAUAAGUAAUGUUAACUCUACUGCGCACGCGUACCGCUCUGCUUAUAUAACAUAUUUGUGUGUUCUAAACGCUACACUCGCGCUAAUAAGGAAGCAAACAUAGAUCUUAAAUUAUGUAAAAGCACCACACAAAUUAAUGCUGUAUCUGUGUGUAUGUAAAUAUUUAAGCAACAAGAUAUGUAAGUUUUUAUGAAUGUGUGUGUAAGCCCUUUAUUAUUUUCAAUUUUUUGCGUAAAAUUUUACUGAAUUAUUACGCAAAAACACAUGGAAUAGCAAUGAAGUUACACAAAAAAAAUUAACCUAUAUAAAUUAAUAAUUUAUUUAGCAUGUUUGCCAACUAUAGAGAGAAAGAAGGAAACAGAUUUAGAGAAUAAAAUAAAAAAAUAAAAUAAAUAAAAUGAAACUUUUAUUGCAAAACCUACCACUUUAAA